AUGGCAAAAAAACAGUCUUCGGUCGCCGUGACCGCAACAACUGCAAUCGGAAAACCUAUGCCUCCAAACGGCCAGGUUUCUUCGCUUAUUCUUCCUAACGUUCUUGUCCCAUACAUUUGGCCAACCUCGCCAGCCUCCUUCUGUACCGGCGUCGUUGUUGGUCUUAUUGUCGCGUUUUUAAGACCAAUAAUUGAGUUCUAUGUCGAUGUCGGCGCGUCCUACAUUGCUGUUUGCAUGCGCUUCAUUCUCAUCUGGGGCUCUGUCGCAUUCAUUGCCUGGCUUGUUUUGCGCGUUCUACAACAAACUAGUGCAGCCACACUCGUCAUUAACCCCUCGGCCAAAAAGGCAGCUAAUCAGCAAGAACAGUACGAAGAAGAUCAAAACUUACAAGACGAAGAUGCUGAAGACACCUCCAGUUACCCACAAACUUCCCCUCAGCAACAACUGUUGAAGCUUCAACAACAACAACAACAACAACAGUCUCAACUCUACUCGGGAAUUCUGCCCCUUCCGCUCCCGGAACCUCCAACUGCUCAACAACAACUCCAGGCCCAGCUGCGAUUACAGUCGCGCUCGCUUCACAACCUCAAACAUCAACAACAAGGUACCAUUUAUGACAUAAGUCCGAGUAACCAACCCCCGGUUCUCCAACUUUAUGAGCGUGGAUCGCCAGAUAUUGAAUUCACUCAAGGACCCCCAGGUACUACCAUUGCAUAUCAGCCUUCUGUCGCGUCCGGAUCCCCUCCUAUGGCAUCCACUACUCAUCUUUACGUUCCCACGACCACACUGACCUCAGGAGGCCAGGUCAUGUCUUCUGCUGCGUCCGUUUUUUCUGACAUCACACUGUCUUCUGGCAGCAGUGGCCAGUCGUCCGGCAGCGCCGGAAGUGCCAACUACUACACACCGCCAAUUCAACAGCAACAACAACAACAGUACAACCCCUAUAACCAAAAAGCUCCGUCGCCAGCUCCAGUUGUCACUCGUCGCAUCGUUAACCAUUAUCCAACCGCUGAAGAUGGUUACAUGAUGAUGCACACGGCAAAGUCACGCAGCUCAUCGCCUUCACGGCCUUCACCUGUACGUAAGGCCGUUCCGGGUCCUUCUGUCGCUGCAGCUGCCAACGCACUCAACCAAGCAUCUGCGACAUCUGCCAAUGCAGCCGCAACGACAGGCUACACACGUACUGCCCGUGCCGCUUCACCUGUACGUCGGACUGUUGUUGGCGGCGUUGCUCCAUCGUCUCCCACUAAGUACAGCUCUAUGGAGCCUCGUAUAGUGACCAUGGAGGAUGAGGAUAGUACGCAACAACAGGCAUACAGACCUUAUCCUUCACGCGUCCAGCAGAUCCAGGCCAUUUAUAGCAGUGCGGCCGGGUCUGAUGCUCCAGGAAAAGAAAACUACCACCCAGAAAAUGUCACUAUUCUUGAAAAGCCGGCUGGUCAAACCGCUUUCAGGAUGAAACGUCGACCAUAA